AUGAGUACAAGAUCAGCUAGAUCAAAUUCAAACACUGCCGAUGGUAGUGGUUCAUCUAGAUUUAGACAUAGGAAAAUUUCUAUUAAACAACGUUUAAGGAUCUAUAAACCAAGUGAUUUAAAAAAUUUAGAUAAACAAGAGUUACAACAAAGAGAUGUCGUUGAGAUCGAAACUGGUGUUGAAAAACAUGAAGAAAAAGAAGUUCAUUUACAUAGAAUUUUAUUGAAAAAUAAUGCAGGUAUAAUAAAUUCUCAGAAGAAAGAAUAUAUUCCAACUCCCGAUGCUUCGCAUAAAUGGGAUGAAUUUAAUAAGUUCUAUACUGGUAAAUUUAAUUAUCCAAAAAGUUAUAUUCAAUUUUCUGCUACUGUAGAAGAUUGUUGUUCUAAUUCUUAUUUAAUGGAUGAAAUCGAUGAUGCCUUUUUAAAUGAUUCGAUAAAUAAAAAUAUAUCAGAUUCUUCAUCAGAUAAAAAAUCAAAAUUAACUGAAGAUGAAUUUGAAAUAUUAUGUACAUCUUUUGAAUUAGCAAUUCAUGAAAGGCAACCUUUCUUAAGUGUUGACCCUGAAAAUAUUUUGUCAUUUGAAGAAUUAAAGCCAACUUUAAUGAAAACAGAUAUUGGCGAUAUUAAUAUCAAAAAUGGCUUAAGUAAAGAAAUUAAUUUAAAUAAAAAUGAAAAAUUUGUUACAGAAUUUGAUAUUCAUUAUGAAAACGAACCAAGACCAAUAGAAAAUUUACUAGAUCUUUACGGUGAACAAGUCUAUAAUCAUUGGAAAAGUCGUAAAAUUACUUCAGAAGGUGCAGAAAUUUUUCCUCAAUUGAAGUUUGAGAGACGUGGUGAAAAAGAUGAUUCUAAUCCAUAUGUAUGUUUUAGAAGACGUGACGUAAGGUUACCUAGAAAGACUAGAAGAGUCGAUAUUGUAAAUACACAAAAGUUAAGAUUACUGUUACAGGCGUUAAGAAACACAAAGGAACUAGCUUCGUUAGUAGCUAAAAGAGAACAUACUUUAUUGAAUUUAUUUGAUAAAGAAACAAAAGUAUUCGAGGAUAGAUGUAACAUUAAGAAGUUGAAACGUAAAUUCAAUAUCGUUGGUGAUGAAGAAGAUUUAAUUAAUCACAAGAGAAAACGUGUAAAUAUUUCCAAAAAAUUGAAAAAAGACUCUCCAUCUUCAGAUGCAUCAACUAAAAAGACUAAUAAAUCAAGGCUAACCAAAGAAGAGUUAGAAGAGAUGUUCAAAAGUGGUCAAAAACUUACAAAGUCUCAAUUGUACCAAUUACAACAAUUUCAGAAUCCCAAAGAUGCCAAUGCAACCAUUGGUCCAUUAUCCAGCAAACUUCCAAAACAACAAAUUACACAACAACAAUUGCAACAGCAACAAAAACAACUAUUACAACAGCAACUACUUCAACAACAACAAGAACAAGUUUCAAAUGUUUAUGUGAAGUUGCCUACAUCAAAGGUUCCUGAUAUUGUUCUAGAAGACGUCGAAGAUUUGUUAUCAAACAAAGAGAGAAAUGCUAGAAAAUUCGUUCUUGAUAGAAUGGAAAAAAGGAAUAUGGAUGAUAAAAAUUUAUUCUUUAAUCUAACCGACGACCCAUAUAAUCCUGUUUUUGAUGUAACUCUACCAAAAGGUGUCGAUCUUGAUACGGCUCCAUUUGCAUCAAUAGCAUUAUCUAAGUUUCAAAUCGAUCGUGCUUAUUAUGUGCCACACAUGGAGGAAUAUUUUAAAGGUACAUCUAAACAUGUCACUGCAUUCAACAAAAAUGGAGAAAUCAUCCAAAAUGCGAAUCCUAAAUAUAAACAGUUGGAAAUUUAUAAUUCUUUUAAAUCGAAGAAUGAAAUUUUAUCUAAAGAACAUCCUGUUAAAUUCAGAAGACGUAUUGGUCGUAAUGGUGUUAUGUAUAUCGAUUGUAAACCAAAUGUAUCAGUGGUAGCUAAUGAUAACAAAUUAUCUGAAUUUUUCGAUUUUGAUAAGUUAGAAGAAGAAAACAAUUCUAGGGAACCAAUUGAUAUAUAUGACUCUCAAAUGGAUGCAGCUACUAGAUUGUACGGUAAAUGGAAAUAUGAUUCUCCGAGACACGAAUAUGGCUUGAAUUUCUAUGAAGAACCUCCAAGAUUGAACCAAAUAUCUAAUGACACUCAAACAAUUAGAUUUGGUACUAUGCUUGGCAGCAAAGCAUACGAUCAACUACGUGAUAUCACUUCUAAAUAUCGUAAAGAGUAUUUUACGAGAAUAUCUCAACAACGGUUGAACGCUCAAAAUCAUAUACAAACUCAACAGCAAACUCCCAAUGGAAAUGGUGAUCACAACUCUGACUCUAAAAUCCUAAAUUCUCAAAUGGAGACAAAAACUAAAAUUGGAAACACCACCUCACAAUUAUUAAACAAAUCCAAUGACUCUCAAUUGUCAAAAUCACAGCCUAACAUUGUUCCUGUUGCACAACAAAAAUCCUCAUGA